GGCCUGAGCCUCGAGGCCAGGCUCCUGGGUGUCCUUAAUGUUCGGGGCCGCCGGGCGCCAACCGAUCGGAGCUCCAGCGGCCGGGAACAGCUGGCAUUUCAGUCGAACCAUGGAAGAACUGGUUCAUGAUCUUGUCUCAGCGUUGGAAGAGAGGUCAGAGCAAGCUCGGGGUGGAUUUGCCAAAACGGGAGAUCAUUCUCGAAGUAUAUCUUGCCCUCUGAAAUGCCAGGCAAGGAAAAGGAGAGGGAGAAAACAGAGAUCAUAUAAUGUUCACCACCCAUGGGAGCCUGGUCACUGCUUAAGUGAAGGCUCCGAUUCUAGUUUAGAGGAGCCAAGCAAGGACUAUAGAGAGAAUCACAACAACAACAAAAAAGAUCAUAGUGACUCUGAUGACCAAAUGUUAGUGGCUAAGCGCAGGCCAUCAUCAAACUUAAACAAUAAUGUCUGAGGAAAAAGGCCUCUGUGGCACGAAUCUGAUUUUGCUGUGGACAACCUUGGGAACAGAACUCUGCGCAGAAGGAGAAAGGUAAAAUGCAUGGCCGUGGACCUACCACAGGACGUCUCUAACAAACGGACAGUGGCCCAGCCCCUUGAAGGUUGUAGGGAUCAGGACAUGGACAAUGAUAGAGCUCACCAAUAUCAAGAGUUUACCAAGAACAAAGUCAAAAAGAGGAAAUUGAAAAUAAUUAGACAAGGCCCAAAAAUCCAAGAUGAAGGAGUCGUUUUAGAAAGUGAGGAAAUAAGCCAGACCGGUAAGGACAAAAUGGACUAUGAAGAGCAAAAAGUCUCAGAUGAACUCAUGAGUGAAAGUGAUUCCAGCAGCCUCAGCAGCACAGAUGCCGGUCUAUUUACCAAUGAUGAGGGAAGACAAGGUGACGACGAGCAGAGUGACUGGUUUUAUGAGAAGGAGUCAGGGGGAGCAUGUGGCAUCACUGGCGUCGUGCCCUGGUGGGAAAACGAGGAUCCUACCGAGCUCGACAAGAAUUUGCCAGAUCCUGUCUUUGAAAGUAUCUUAACUGGUUCUUUCCCUCUUAUGUCGCAACUGGGAAGAAGAGGUUUCCAAGCUAGACUCAGUCGCCUUCAUGGACUGCCUUCUAAGAACAUUAAAAAAUCAGGAGGGACCACAACUUCAAUGGCUCCAAACUGGACCAGUGAGAUUCCCCUAUAA